GUUGGUCACACCGAACGCGCACGCCUGCUGAUUCUGAUUUUUUAAAUAAUAAAUUUUGAAUUUAUUAAUUAAAAGCGACUCGAAACCAUGGCAUCCAUACUGCGGACGGGGAAACUGUUUCGCUACUUUGCGGGCUUCACCCGGAAUGUGCUGGUCAACACGGUGCGCGAGAACGAGGCGAGCAAUCUGCUGACAAGUGCACCAUGCAUAUGCGGCCAGUUCCAGAGUGGCUUUGCUACCAAUGCCGCCGCCAAGUCCGAGUUGAGUCUUGAUAAGCAGAUUCGUCGCUUGGAUCACGAUGUGCGACGCAUGGGCCGCAUAUCACGCAGGGAUCUGGAGGAGAUUCUCGAUGAGAUUCGCACACACCGCACGGCCACCAGCUCGCAGUCCCUGAUGGUCAUACGCUGCUGCGGCAACCUGGUGCCCGAGGAGCUGCCCGAGGUGCGCACAGCGCUGGUGCAGGAGAUCUGGAAGACGCUGAACGCGCUCAAUGUGCCCAUGGACAUCUCCCACUACAAUGCGCUGCUGCGCGUCUACCUGGAGAACGAACAUCCCUUUGCGCCCACCGAUUUCCUAGCCGAGAUCGAAGCCAAAGGCAUCGAACCCAAUCGCGUGACUUACCAGCGGCUGAUUGCACGCUACUGCCAGCAGGGCGACAUCGAGGGUGCCACCAGAAUUCUGGAGUUUAUGCGUGGAAAGAGUUUGCCGGUGAAUGAGAAUGUUUUCAACUCGCUGAUCCUGGGACACUCACAGGCCAACGAUUUGGAAUCUGCCAAGGGAAUUCUCGCUGUGAUGAAGCAAGCCGGCCUCGAGCCCAGCGCCGACACAUAUACGACGCUGCUGUGCGCCUUUGCGCGUCACGGAGAUUUGACUGCACUGCAAGAGACACUCGUGGAGUGCGACCAAAAAGAGAUUAUUCUGCAGGACAAGGAUCUGCUGGACACUGUGUACGCGCUGGCAGUGAAUGGAAAUGGCGACAAAGUCGCUGAGCUGCUCGGCAAGUUGCACAUCUCCCCGGGCUUCAAUCAGGAUGCUGCCAAUGUCAUCUUGCGCCUCGUGAACAAAGGCCUCGAGGAUGUGGGUAUGCAGAUCCUGCGCGUGAUGCCACGUUCGAGUCGCGUGAAUGGCGAACCCGUGGAUGUGGGCGCCUUCUUCAUACGUCAAAUGGUGAAGGCCAAUCGGCCCGUGGAGAAGAUUUUGAGCAUCUGCAAGACACUCCAGGCGGAGGGACUCAACCCCAAGGCUUUGUCCAUUGCCACGGAGGCGGGCCUGACCAAUGGCGUCGUGAACAACGCUCUGCCGCUGCUUAAAGAGAUGAAGAACGCGGGUCUGCCCAUCCGCCAGCAUUACUUCUGGCCACUCAUCUGCUCCGUGGAGUCGAAUCAGGUGCUGGAGAUCGUUCGUCGCAUGCAGCAGGACUUUGCGGUGCUGCCCAACUCGGAGACGAUUCGGGAUUAUGUGAUACCCAGCCUGAAGGAGAAGAACUGGGAGCGUGUCAUCACUGCUCUGCGGGAUGCUGGUGUGUCCAACUCCACGGCUGUUACGUCUGCGGUCUAUGCCGCUCUGGUCACGCAUCAGAUUGCAGAUGCUGCCAAGAUCAUGGAACAAAACAGAGCCUACUAUGUGCCGGUGCUGUUCAAGCAGCCGCUGAUUCUCGCUCUCAGCCACACGAAUGAUUAUUCCGCGUUCAUCCGCUGCUUGCGACAGAUCCACGAGGGACUGCAGCAGCGCAGCGCAGGCAAAGAGGAGGAAGCCGAACAGGUGGAGGGAGCAGAGAAAGCCACACCCGAUGUGGUCGGUGGCUUUGUGCAGGAGGCAAGCAAUUACUUCCAUCGCGAUCGUGUGGCCACGCUGGAGAAGAUCCUUCAGGGACUGGUCAAGCAGGGCCUGUCCAUUAGCAGCGCCAGAGCCACGCAGUUGUCGGAGCAGCUGGGCGCUGAAAUGACGCCAAAGCUUGCCGAAUUAUUGGGCAAACUGAGCUCCGGUGAGCUGGAGCCAACGCCACUGCCAAGCAGCGGCAAGCGAGCGCUGGUGUCGCUCUCCAUCGAAGAACUCGAACGCUUCAUUGUCAAUGUGGAGGCCAAGGGCGAGAAUGCAAACAACAUUAAGAGGCAGCUGCUGAAUGCCUGUUUCCGCGCACAAAACAUUGAAAAGACGCUGCAGGUGAUCGAAAAACUCAACACGGAACAGUACCAGAUCCCAUUGGGCAUCCAUGCGCAGCUGGUGGAUCUCUACACGCACCACAAACGCAGCUCUGACGCGCUCGAUGUCUACACGAAGCUGCGUGCCAAGGAGCCCACGUUCCAGCUGGAUAACCUGAAGACGGUGCACCUGGUGGAUCUGCUGCUGCAGGAGGAACGUGUGGAGGAGGCAUACAAGCUGCUGCAGGAGAACAAAAAGGAUGCACCCGUCGCGGAGAGUGAGGGCAGCUUCAACUACGUGAGCACCGUGUGGCGUGUGCUCAAUGCCAUCGCUGAGGCUGGGCAGCCCGAGAAGCUGCGUCGCCUGUUCGAUGCGCUGCUGGCUGACAAUUAUAUUGUGCCCACAAAUGUGCUGCUGGGGCCGCUGAUCAAGGUCCACCUGAUCAAGGAUGACAUACCCAAGGCCAUUGAAACCUUCGAGGAGAUUUGCCACAAGUACAAGGUGACGCCCUGGAAGAACGAGCUCUCGUGCCGCCUCAUCCAGAAGGAGGAUGCCGCCAAUCUGCAGCGUCUCACCGAUCUGAGCACGGGCAUCCACGGCGAGGUCAACAGUUUGUACGAUUUAGUGUUCUCCUUCGUGGAAUGCGGACGCGUGCGUCAGGCGCGAAAGAUCCUCGAGACACCUGGACUGCGCACACGCCCGCAGAGGAUCAGCAGCGCCUGCGAUCGCUAUCGGAAUGAGGGUUUGCUGCAGCCCCUUGAGGGUUUGAUUGAGGCCACCAAAGACCUCGGACAUAUUGAUCGCAAUAAGAUUUAUUACACGCUGCUGCUGAGCUACGACAAGGCGGAUGAGGCGGAGAAGGCGCUGGGAUUGUGGACCAAAAUGCAGGAGGAGAUGCUCACACCCACAGAUGCUUUCCUGCUGAAACUGGCGGAGAUUCUGCGCCGCAAGAACAUCGAUGUGCCAUUUGUGGUGCCCGAAACGCAGCAGCAAACGCGAAGGAACAGAGCGGCUAAGACAGACACACCCAAGGAGGAGACCGCUGUCAAGAAGGAGCAACCCGCUGUCAAGAAGGAACAGCCAGCUAAGGCAGAGACCACCGUGCGUCCCAUCUCCCACAAGGCGGGCUUCCGCAAGGCGCUGCUCGCCAACGAUCCCGAUGCUGCCAUCAGCCACAAGCAGAGCCUGGCAGCCAGCGACAAAGUCAACGUGCUGGACACCUCGCGACUCAUUGAGCUGCUGGUGCGCGACGAUCGCCUCACAGAGGCCACCAAAUACGUGGAGGAGCUGCUCGCCGAUGGCCUGCAUCCGCAGGUGAAGGUUUUCCGCUUUUACCUGAACAAAAUUGCCGCUGCGGCGGAUCUGCAAACUCUGGAGAAGAUUGGCAAGCAGCUGAAUGAGGAGCAGAAGCGUUUGGUCUCCUUCGACAAUCGUUACUGUCAUGCCAACAUUGUGGCCGGCAAGACGGAGCCGUUCCUCAAGCAAUUGAGCGCAGAGAUUGACAGCGCGAAGACCCCCGAGGAGGCGGCCAAGCAGGCGGAGAAGUUCCCACGCGGUGGAGCUGUGGGCAUACUCAACAAGCAUCCCGAAUUGGUGCCGCAAUAUCAAUCGCUGGCGGAGAAAUUCGCCGCGCACAACCAACUGGGACCGAUGAAUGUCCUGUGGAUGCAUUUGAUAUCCAGCGGACAGGAGGCCGCCUCCAAGGAGAUCUGGGACAAGCAUUUGUCGCAGCUGCCGCGUCUCAUGUUCCAGCGUGUGCUGCAGACGGCGCGCGAGCAGCAGGACGAGAAGCUGGCCACGUCCGUCAUCUCGCAGCUGAGGGAUAGCAAAAUAUCGGAGGGAGCCAUAGGCAAUGCCUACUCCUGCCUGAUUGACAUACAAACGACCAAGGGCAAACACGACAAAGCACUCGAUGUGCUGGCCAAUGCCGUAAAGGAUGUUUCCCUGGAGAACAUAAAUCGCACGGCGCUGCUGCGGCUCAAACAGGCUGUGGAGGAUAAUGAUCAGAAGUUCCCCUAUUCGAUACCCGAGAAGCGUUUAUCCAAGGCUGAUUCUUCCUCGUCCUCAUCCUCCUCGUCGGACAGCAGCGACGAUGAUGUCUCACCGAAGAUCCCCGAAACAGUGCCACCAAAACCAGGAAAGGAAUAAAAUCUAGACUUGGGUGCGAUUCGGGGUAGCAGCCUUAAACUUUAUUGUAAUUAAAUUUAUAUUUAAGUAUUUACUAUGGAUAAUACUGAUGAUUGUAAACU